UGGUGUGUGGAGUGUCACUCCCACCGUCACCGCCGCACAUGUGUUUGUCUUUGCCUUUUCUCAUGAAUUAAAUAAAUACCCCCUCCCCACAAUCCCAGCUUCUCCACGACUCACCUGGGUUGCUAACCACUGCAAUGAGGCUCUCCCUCUCCCUCUCACUGCUACUGCUCUCUCUCUUCCUUCCCCUGUGUUUCGCUGCCAAUGUCACCUAUGAUCGCCGUUCCCUCAUCAUUGAUGGCCAGCGCAAGCUCCUCAUCUCUGCUUCCAUCCACUAUCCUCGCAGUGUCCCUGGAAUGUGGCCAAGUCUGAUUCAAAACGCCAAGGAAGGUGGUGUGGAUGUCAUUGAGACUUAUGUCUUCUGGAAUGGCCAUGAACUUUCCCCCGACAAUUAUCAUUUUGACGGCCGAUUCGAUCUCGUCAAGUUCGUCAACAUUGUUCAGCAGGCCGGAUUGUAUUUAAUUUUGCGCAUAGGCCCAUUCGUAGCUGCCGAAUGGAACUUUGGUGGAGUACCUGUUUGGCUGCAUUACGUUCCUAAUACCGUAUUUCGAACUGAUAAUGCCAAUUUCAAGUAUUACAUGCAGAAGUUCACUACAUACAUAGUGAACCUAAUGAAACAGGAGAAAUUUUUUGCUUCACAAGGGGGUCCCAUCAUCUUGUCUCAGAUAGAAAAUGAGUAUGGGGAUAUAGAAAGAGUUUAUGGGGAAGGAGGGAAGCCAUAUGCUAUGUGGGCUGCUCAAAUGGCUGUUUCUCAGAAUAUAGGCGUUCCAUGGAUAAUGUGUCAGCAAUAUGAUGCUCCUGAUCCUGUGAUUAAUACUUGCAAUUCAUUCUACUGUGACCAAUUCACACCUAAUUCUCCAAACAAGCCCAAGAUGUGGACUGAGAAUUGGCCUGGAUGGUUUAAAACAUUUGGGGCAAGGGAUCCUCACAGGCCCCCGGAGGAUAUUGCUUUUGCAGUUGCCCGUUUUUUCCAGAAGGGUGGUAGUCUACAAAACUACUACAUGUAUCAUGGUGGAACAAAUUUUGGUCGUACCUCUGGUGGGCCAUUUAUUACCACAAGUUAUGAUUAUGAGGCACCCAUUGAUGAAUAUGGCUUGCCCAGAUUUCCAAAAUGGGGACACCUUAAGGAUCUUCAUAAGGCUAUAAAGAUGACGGAGCAUGUCGUGCUUAACAGUGAGCCAACUUAUAUUUCGUUUGGUCCCUCUCUAGAGGCUGAUGUCUACACCGACUCAUCUGGAGCCUGUGCUGCUUUUAUUGCUAAUGUAGAUGAAAAAGAUGACAAGACUGUCCAGUUCCGAAAUGUAUCAUAUCAUUUACCUGCAUGGUCAGUUAGUAUUCUGCCUGACUGCAAGAAUGUAGUCUUUAACACAGCAAUGGUUAGGUCACAAACCGCAAUGGUUGAAAUGGUUCCCGAGGAACUUCAUCCUUCAGUGGAUUUAACAAAUAAAGACUUGAAAGCCCUCAAAUGGGAAGUCUUUGUAGAGCAAGCUGGAAUUUGGGGUAAAGCUGACUUCAUUCAAAAUGGCCUGGUUGACCACCUCAAUACCACAAAAGAUACAACUGACUACCUGUGGUAUACAACGAGCAUUUUUGUUAAUGAAAAUGAGACGUUUCUCAAAAAGGGAAGUCAACCAGUUCUUCUGGUUGAAUCAAAGGGCCAUGCUCUUCACGCUUUUAUCAACAAGAAACUGCAAGUUAGUGCAUCUGGAAACGGAUCAGAUAUAACAUUCAGAUUUAAACAAGCCAUUUCUCUCAAGGCGGGAAAAAAUGAAAUUGCUUUGCUAAGCAUGACCGUUGGUCUACAAAAUGCCGGACCAUAUUAUGAGUGGGUUGGAGCUGGACUUUCAAGAGUUGUAAUAGAGGGGUUUAACAAUGGCCCAUUGGUCUUGUCUUCUCAUGCUUGGUCCUACAAGCUUGGAUUGCAAGGGGAACACCUCGGUAUAUACAAACCAGAUGGGAUAAAAAAUGUCAAAUGGAUAUCAACCAGGGAGCCCCCAAAGCAACAACCUUUGACUUGGUACAAGGUUAUUCUGGAUGCUCCCUCUGGAAAUGAGCCUGUCGGGCUGGAUAUGGUUCAUAUGGGUAAAGGCAUGGCAUGGUUGAAUGGAGAAGAAAUAGGAAGAUAUUGGCCAAGAAAAAGCUCUGUUCAUGAUGCGUGCGUUGAGAAGUGUGACUACAGGGGCAAGUUCAGACCAGACAAAUGCUUAACUGGAUGUGGAGAACCAACCCAGCGGUGGUAUCAUGUUCCAAGAUCUUGGUUCAAGCCAACAGGAAAUAUUUUGGUGAUUUUUGAGGAGAAAGGUGGAGAUCCAACAAAAAUUAGAUUAUCUAAACGUAAAGUCUCAGGUAUAUGUGCCCAUCUUGGAGAAGGGCAUCCCUCGAUUGAGUCAUGGUCUGAAGCUGAAAACGUACACGUAAAGAACAAAGCAGCCGUCCAUUUGAAGUGUCCCGGCAAUGCCCACAUAGCCACAAUCAAAUUCGCAAGCUUUGGAACCCCCGAGGGAACUUGUGGAACCUAUAGUAUAGGUGCCUGUCACGAUCCUAAUUCUACAUCCUUGGUUGAAAAGGUGUGUCUAAACAGAAAUGAGUGUAGGAUUGAGCUAGGAGAAGAGAGUUUCGACAAGGGUUUGUGUCCGAGUGCAACCAAGAAAUUAGCAGUUGAAGCAGUUUGCAGCUAGUAAGGGAGGCGUUUUGCGUUCAUAUUUCAUUCUAGUUCUUGAGAAAAGAAUGUCGUCCUUGUAUUGCUACCAUUGGUUUUAACCACGCUUAAGAAUUAUGAAAUAUGAAAAAAGAUACUGCUUGUCUUGGUCGUUAUACUGGUAGUAUCAAGUAAAUCUUUAUUAUUCUACUAAAGUGGGGUUUGUAGGAAGUUUGAGUAUUUGAUUUGGUUAGUUUGAGUUUGUACGGGCUUAAUUAUGAAAUGCAAUUUUUUUUAGAAGGCCUUAGUUAA